AUGGCUGAUCGGAGUAGGUUGAAAAGAAAAGAGAAAAAAAAAGGUGGAGUAAUGAUCCGAGAAGGUCGUAGGUUGUUAGAGAUUAAGCGGGUCUCUGACUCUGGUGAUGGCAUCUGCGUCUUCGGCAAAUCUGGAUCAGCCAUACCAUCAGCAAUGGGGAAACGGGAGGUCAUUUUUGCCAUUGUUAAUCGGGCAAUCGUCAUCGGUAGAGUAAUCGUCAGAGCAACAGGAGGUCGAAGCCUUGUUAGCGUCGACCGGUGCUCUCCACGUGCUUCAGAAAAAUUUCUCUCCACUUGUUGA